CCGCGUCACCGAGUCAGCUCGGUCCCGCCAGGCGGAGGACGCGCCUGGGAGCGAGGGCGCGCGAGGUGCCCGGACCCCAGAGGAGGCGAAACCUCUCUCCAGAAAUGCCUUUGAAAAGCGAAGAGCAGGACGGCCUUUCCGCCAAGGACUCGGUCGAAGGCGGCGUCCAGUCUCGUCCGUCCAGCAUCCACCUGGAGCACGAAGAGGAGGCGGGCGCUGACCUCAAGCCGCUGGAGACGGACGAGCCGCGCAGCCCUCGUCCCAGGAUCUGCUUGGAGCCUCGGGAGAGACGCAGUGCCAGCCUCGGGCAGGCUGUCCUCAGGAGGCUGCGGAAGAGCUGCCAGUGCAGUCAGGCCAAAGCCAAAAACAAGAUCCUGGGUUUCUUUCCUGUGUUGCGAUGGCUCCCAAAGUACAACCUGAAGAAGAACCUCUUGGGAGACGCCAUGUCCGGCCUGAUCGUGGGCAUCUUGCUGGUGCCGCAGUCCAUCGCCUACUCCCUCCUGGCCGCCCAGGAGCCCGUCUACGGCCUGUACACCUCCUUCUUUGCCAGCAUCAUCUACUUUCUCCUGGGGACGUCCCGGCACAUCUCUGUGGGCAUCUUCGGAGUGCUGUGCCUCAUGAUCGGUGAAGUGGUCGACCGGGAACUAGCCAGAGCCGGCUAUGACGCGGCCCACGCCCCUGCCGCCCUAGGCGUGCUUUCCAACGGGAGCUCGGCGUUCAAUCAGACGGCAGACAAGACCUGCGACAAAAAUUGCUACGCCAUCGCCGUUGGCAGCACUGUGACCUUCAUGGCCGGAGUCUAUCAGGUGGCCAUGGGCUUCUUCCAGGUGGGCUUCGUGUCCGUCUACCUCUCGGACGCCUUGCUGAGCGGCUUUGUCACCGGCGCCUCGUUCACUAUCCUCACGUCGCAGGCCAAGUACCUCCUCGGCCUCCGGCUUCCUCGGAGUCACGGCCCCGGCUCCCUCGUCACCACCUGGAGCCACAUCUUCAGGAACAUCCAUCAGACCAACCUCUGUGACCUCCUCACCAGCCUCUUGUGCCUUUUGGUUCUUCUGCCCACCAAGGAGCUUAACGAGCGCUUCAAGUCCAAGCUUAAGGCACCCAUUCCCACGGAACUCUUCGUGGUCGUGGCGGCCACCUUGGCGUCGCAUUUCGGGAGGCUGCACGACAGGUACGGCACCAGCAUCGCCGGGCCCAUUCCCACCGGCUUCCUGCCGCCCCGCGCGCCGGACUGGAGCCUCGUCCCCAGGGUGGCGGCGGACGCCGUGGCCAUCUCCGUCAUCGGCUUCGCCAUCACCGUGUCCCUCUCCGAGAUGUUCGCCAAGAAGCACGGCUACGCGGUCCGCGCCAACCAGGAGAUGUACGCCAUCGGCUUCUGCAACAUCAUCCCCUCCUUCUUCCACUGCUUCACCACCAGCGCCGCGCUGGCGAAGACGCUGGUCAAGGAAUCCACGGGCUGCCAGACGCAGGUCUCGGGGGUGGUGACGGCGCUGGUCCUGUCGCUGGUCCUCUUGGUGGUGGCGCCCUUGUUCUACUCCCUGCAGAAGAGCGUGCUCGGGGUGAUCACGAUUGUGAACCUCCGAGGGGCCCUGCUCAAGUUCAAGGACCUGCCCGCCAUGUGGCGGGUCAGCCGGAUGGACACGGUGAUCUGGUGGGUCACCAUGCUGUCCUCGGCGCUCAUCAGCACCGAGCUGGGCCUGCUCAUCGGUUGUUUCUCCAUGUUUUGUGUCAUCCUUCGCACUCAGAAGCCCCAGGCCUCGCUGCUCGGCUGGGUGGAGGGGUCCGAAACCUUUGAAUCCACGGCUGCCUACAGGGGCCUCCAGGCCAAGCCCGGCGUCAAGGUGUUCCGCUUCGCGGCCCCGCUCUACUACAUAAACAAAGAGUACUUCAAAUCCGCCUUGUACAAGUCCACCCUCAACCCGGUCUUCGCGAAGGCGGCUCAGAAGAAGGCCGCCAAGAGAAAGAGGAGAAAGGGGGUGGCAGCCCGGGGCGGGGCCCAGGACGACGUGGCCGUGCAGCUCUCCCCCGACCCCCCGGAGCUGCACACGCUGGUGGUUGACUGCAGCGCGGUGCAGUUUGUGGACACGGCGGGGAUCCAGACGCUGAGAGAGGUGCGCAGGGACUACGAAGCCGUCGGCGUCCGGGUGCUGCUGGCUCAGUGCAACCCGUCUGUGAGGGCGUCCCUGGCCCAGGGAGAGUACUGCCGGGAGGAAGAGGAAAACCUUCUUUUUCACAGUGUCUUUGAAGCCGUGAGUUUUGCAGAAGCCGUGGAAAAUCAGAAAGGAGUGAGUGUUCCCAAUGGGCUGAGUUUUUCCAGCGGCUGACUGAGCACGUCCGUCGCCCGAGGACGCCGCCCGGCCGUGGGGACAGGGGCAGGCGUGCCGCAUCGUCUGCCGUGCCACGGGGACGUGGUGAAGUGGCAGCCUCUGGGCUGGACGGUGUUCUCCCUUUGAGGCUGGUGGCCUUCUCGUCCCACACAGCAGCAGAGCUUUUAUUAGUCAGGCGGAAUCAGAAAGAGGAAAAGACUGGUUUCUAGCUUUCUUGUGCAUAUAAGGUAUCCUUGCAACUAAGCCCGUAACCAUUGACUUGAACUGCACAGCAGCCCCCAGACCUAACAACGCCCACCCCGUCUUGGGGGCUGUGUCUCUGGACGCUUCCUUCCUCAGGGGGUCAGGCGUCAAAGCUGGCGUUGAGGGGAGCGUGCUGGGGUCUCUUUCCCACGGCUCCUUGGGGCGGGGGCGGGGGCGGGGGGGGGGGCAGAAGGGAAGUAGAAGAGCGUCCUGUCUGCUCUCGACACAGCAGGUCCACGGGCUUCUGCAGCGCAAAGAAGCGAUGAGCCGAGCCUGCUGUCCCCCUCCGUUGCCUGCCUUGGCCGCCCAGGUGGCUGCGGCAUCUCUGGCUUUUCACAGGGAAACACGGCUGCCGUCAGGCAGCCUUGGCAGGCGUCUGAGGGGCGAGCAGGCUGCGGGGUCCCCGCGGUCGGCCCCGCUCCAGACGGCACCUCUCAGCAGCGCGUUCCACGCUGUUGUCGUGCCUUUGUGCAUCGGGGACGCAGGGAGGAAGCGCUUCCUAAGCAGCCAGACCCUGAGAUCUCGCCUGUCCUCGCGCCAUCCGGCCCCGUCUGUCACUUGCUGCGCGUUUCUCUGCCGAGAAGCGGGGUUCGCUGGCGGUCGUUUGAGCGCGUGUCCCCUGCAGUCUGUGCUAACCUGCUGCGUCUGAUGGCCCGCGAGUGACAGGUUUGCCGGAGAAACGGCGCAGUGCUGACGCAGCCGUCUCAGGCAGCCUUUUCACCGAGCUUGAGGCGAAGCGUUCAGGCAGGUUGCGAAAAGCCGCGAUGGACGGCUUCCCCUAAGCGUUGGUUUGUUCAGCGGUAACGCGCGUGUCCUUCCCACGGCCCUGCCGCCAAGAGGGUCAGCUGGCCCUCGAGGGUCUCCCCACGUCUGCGACCCUGCCGCCCGUCCUUGCUCCGUAAGAAGGGCGGGUCCGUCCCGUCCAGUGGAGCAGCACGCGCCGGAGCCGGAGCGCCCUCCGGGUCACGGCAGCCCUGAGUUGGGGCUGUUUCGGUGGAGGCGAGGCUGGUGCUUCCUGCCACGAGCCCUUCUCACAUACAGUGAAUUCCGAUGACCGCGGUAGCUCUUCCUUCUCGGGCCUCCCAGCCAGCACGUGAGAGCAUUUAGAAACCUCCCUCCCUACAAGCCACGUUCCCAGGGCGUGUUAUUUACGAGAGCUGGUGCCGGGUUGUGGCCCAGGGACCGUUCCUUUUGAAGAGCAAGGAGGCCUGACUGCGAAAGCUUCCAGUUCUGUCUCUGGAGCUGGACGGGCGAGGGAGAAAGACGGGUUUUCCGGAGUUCAGCUUAAGUGAGGUUGAGGCAUUGAGCCCCUCCGCCUUACCCAGGCAAAGUGAAAACUGUGACCGUGCAGAGUCAUUUCGAAUCCGCUCCGACAUCCUAAACAGGUUAAAUGUUCCUGAGAAACAAACCCUGGGCGUAAGGCGUCUGUCGGACGCACCGGGACCUUUCAGCAUCCCACCUGCCUUGUGGCUCCAUGCACUGCAGCGUCGCUUUUCUGCGGGUGGAGCUCGGCCCCCCGUUGACACGGGAAGGCCUUGCUGUUGGGAGGACGGCGGUUUCCCGGGCGCUAAAGGGCCGUCUUGGCGGUGAUGGAGCCCUUGGCUAGAUGUCAUGGUGCCCUUUUAGGACUUAAGGCGGGAUUUCAGAAAGGUUAGCUGCUCUCCGUGGGUUUGUGUUUUGCUUGUUGUUCGUGGUCAGCGUUUCCGCCUUCUCUGCAGUCCCGGGAGUGUCACAGUCACAUCAGAGCGUCCUGGUUGUCAUUCAUGUGCCAUCCCUCUUGUCCCGUCCCCCCCGCCCCCCCCGAGCAGGCGGGUGCCCACAUCUGAGGCCGUCUGGCAGAGUGACGAGCAGGUGUUAGGAUGAUCCCAUGAUGUAGCAAAUACUGUUGCAGCCAAGACAGAAAGAAAAGGCCAAAGACUUUGGAAAGGCUCUUAGAAGGAGAGUGACUUGGUUUGACCUUUCCCUGACAUUUCUGUCCGUCCCUGGUGUAAACUGUUCUGGAGCCGUACGCAGUCGGCAGGUUCCUGGCUUGUUCUUCUACCCAGACAAGUGCAUACGGGAUUCUGCUUUGGAAAGCUGUUUGUAAGACUUUCGAAGAUUUCCCAAUUUAAACCUCACCUCUGCUUGGUUUGACGUCUGCCUGUACUUACCUGUUAAGAUGUUUUAACUGCUGGUGUUUAAAGGAAUCAAACAGGAGGCCAGAGCCUAAGGCACCCGCGACACCCAUGUCUCCGCCCGUUUUCUUGCUCAAGGAUGUAGACUGGGUUCAACACGGGAUGGUGUACACGCGUGAUGGGUACAGAGACCUCUUGCCCGCGCUGAACUGGCGUCUAAGUGCAGCACGUUCUCAGCACUUGCGAUAAUGCAAAACAGUGGCCACGCUGCUGGUGUGAUUGGAAUGGAAGUGCACUCGUGACGGGUAAAGCUCGGAGAAGCAGUGGCGCGGGAUGCGCCUGGGGCUGAGGCGGCGAAGGCUGAGGUUCCGAGGCCGUGCGAAGACCCUCUCCGAGCCACGGAGGGGGAGCAGAGAGGGACCCAGCUGAAUGGGGUCCAGCCGCUGGUCGGCCCCACACCUCAGUUUGAGAGCAAGGUCCCAACUGGAUUCUGAUUCUAGAAGAGGGGGUGCAGGUUGACCAGAGCUGGAAGAGGCGGGGCGCACUGGUACCCAAGGCUGGUGCCGAAGCCGAAGACCCCCCACCUUCUCCAGAGCCCUAGACAGUGACUCUAGCCCCUGACGGUGGUAGGGCUGGCAGGUGUCUAGCUGGCUUUUUUUUCUUUUCUUUUCUUCCCUAAGGAGUGAAGGAAAAGGAGAUUUGGCACCGUCUGUCUUGGCUCUUAAGCAUUAGGAGACACCGAAGCCAGGCUUUGUUGGCAGAUUUACAGCCUGAGCUUGAACCUGGCAGGGUCUGCGGUGAGGUCCUGGGGCUUUUCUCACGGGGUGGCCACGUUUGAACAGGAAUGGUGAUGCUCUCAGCUGGCGUGGCCGUCCUGGCGCAGCGGAGGCGAGUCUGACUCGUAUCCAUGCGGGGUAUCAGCCGAGUAGCGUGUCUCAGAAGCACAGUGCCUGGGCGAGAGCCCCGGUCUGGGUAGGAAAGGGAGAGAAGGCCGUCGUGCAUCCCGGGGGCGUCACGGGAGCCUGGACGUCGGCAGGAUGAAUGCAGCGGGCUCCGUGGUCCUCGUCGGCGUCCUCCGUCACUUGCUUUCCUCUCCGUCUUGCUGUGCACGAGCCGUGCCUUCAAUGUGCCGACACCUGCUGGGGACCGGCGCGGCCGUCUAGGGCCUGGCCGGGUGCCGGGCCUGCAGCGCUAAAGCCAGCAGGUGGGCCGAGGGUCGCCCUGCUCGUAACGCCCGCGGGCACGUGGAGCUCCUUUCGGGAGGGGCUGAGCUGAGCCUGGGUGGAGGUCUGAGAGGGAGGCAGGCCGCUGAGGCCCAGCGGCAGGCACGGGUGCCCUGGUCCGGGUCUGCUCAGGGAGGGCUCGCAGGCGGCGGGAUGAGAGCCCGAGCCGUGGGACUCGGACUUGGCUUAAUUUUUCUGUUCUUUAGUGCUUCAUUUUUUUUUCUUCUCCUGUUUGAUCCGUUCUCAUGAUGCCUUAUUUGAAACUGGGCUUUAAGAACUGCAAAAAGGGAGCAAACUGGAUCUAGAAAGCUUUAAAGCUCUGAAUGCACUUGCCUUUUUUUUUUGUAUAAGAAUUUUAGAUAAUCAUGAAUCAUUCCUUUGAGUGCUAAGAACGAAAAGGAAAAUUAUAAUGCAGUAGGCCAAAAUAAUAGGCCAGCUGAUUUGGUUAGCAUCGCUAUUACUAAGGUAAAAGACGGAGUUCCCGUCGUGGCUCAGUGGUAACGAACCCGACUAGUAUCCAUGAGGACGUGGGUUCGAUCCCUGGGUUAAGGAUCCGGCGUUGCCGUGAGCCGUAGUGUAGGUCGGAGACCUGGCUCGGAUCUGGCGUUGUUGUGGUUGUAGGCCGGCAGCUGCAGCUCUGAUUCGAACGCUGGCCCGGGAACUUCCUGCAGCAAAAGUGAAAUAGUGCUGAAAUACUAUAAGUAUACAAUUUUAGUGUUUUUUUUUUUUUUUUUAAUGUUAGUUACUUUAGAAAUGGAGAAUUUAGACAUAGGAGUAGGCAAAUUAUUUUUAUAAGAUCAUUUUUAUCCUGACAAGGACAAUUUUUUAAAGUGUUUGGCACCUGAAAAUAAAUCGUUAGGAGAAUUAGAGAAGCACAUAUCAAAUGGUGGUUUUUUUUCGGUGUGUGUUUUAGUCUUUUCUUGGCGUGUGAGACAGGGAGGCGUGUGGAUGGAGAGAGCUGGCCAAGGAAGGGCACUGAUGCCUUCCUGGAGAUGCCCUGCUGUACAUCUGCUCUGGAAUCUGUAUAACUUUCUUGGACUUGAAUUAUGGCUCUGAAAUUGGCUGAAGAAUUACGAUCGUAUUAAAAAUACCAAUAGGAGAAUUUCUAACGGAGGGCUUUUUACUUGGCAAACGAACAGCUGGCUUCAGCCAGAGAGGAUUUUUAGCAGCAAUUUUAAGAAGCUCCUUUUAGGGAGGUUCUCCGACGCCACCUCUCCGGUCCGUAAAGUAAUGAGUCGCUUGGAAUGAAACCCUCUUGCCUUGUCAGCUCACAUCCGUUGGAAGUUCCUGGUUGAGUUCUGACACUGCCAUGAUUUGUCAAAAAUUAGUGUGCACGAAUCAGUGUGUAUAAAACUUCCUUUUUGGGUCUCCUUUGCCGUUUCUCAUAUAAGCCCAGGCGAUACCAGCGUGACAGGUGAAGGAACCUAAAAUCCCAGCCUAAGGACACUGCCUUUCUUCGUAGUUAUUCAAGGCUGAUGACUUUGUGGAAUUUGUCUUAUACCACGUAUGUCUUUUUUAAUUAAAGAAAGUGCCUUGAUGCAAUUCCGCUGAAAUCGCGUCUGGCCCCCUGUGGAGUGAGGGUGGGUUCCGGACGGAUUUUGCAGCCUCCGUUGCAGGAGAGGGCAGUCAGUCAGAGGCAGGCCCUGUUCUUCUGAUCUCUGUUGGUGAUGUUUAUCUCAUAAGAUCCUGUAUGUAUUGAGAUUCAGAGAUGUCAUUUCAUUUGUCUGCUAAUAAAUUGUUGCGUUCGUAAAA